AUGUCCUCCAACAAAGCCUCUAAAGAACAGAAAUACGACCGGCAACUGAGACUAUGGGGAGACCACGGCCAGGAAGCUUUGGAAAAUGCCCACGUCUGCCUCAUAAAUGCCUCAGCAACAGGGACAGAAAUACUAAAAAACCUGGUUCUCCCAGGUAUUGGAGCAUUCACAAUAGUUGAUGGCCACACAGUUACUGGAGAAGAUGUUGGAAACAACUUUUUCUUGAGCACAGAUCACAUUGGGAAAAACAGGGCACAUGCUGCUACUGAACUGCUUCAGGAACUCAACAGUGAUGUAUCUGGAAACUUUGUUGAAGAGAGUCCUGAGAAACUCUUGGAAAACAAUCCAGAGUUUUUUCACAGAUUUACUGUUGUCAUUGGUGCCCAGCUACCAGAAAAGACAUGCUUAUGCCUCGGCUCUGUUCUUUGGAGUGCGUCUGUGCCUUUUCUCAUCUGCAAAACAUACGGGCUAAUUGGCUACAUGAGACUAGUGGUGGAGGAGCAUUCAGUGAUUGAAUCGCACCCAGACAAUGCCUUGGAGGACCUACGAUUAGAUGAGCCCUUUGAUCAACUGAACAAACACAUUGCUUCUUAUGAUCUGGAAAGCAUGAAUAAAAAGGAUCACAGUCACACUCCAUGGGUUAUUCUUAUUGCUAAACACCUAGAAAAAUGGCUUAGCGAGCAUGAUGGUCAGAUACCAAAGACGUAUCGAGAGAAAGAGGCCUUCAGACAAUUUAUUCGAGAAGGUGUCAGGAAAAAUGAGAAUGGAGUCCCAGAGGAUGAGGAAAACUUUGAUGAAGCUAUUAAAAAUGUCAAUACUGCUUUAAAUCCAACUAAGAUUCCUAAUGUUGUUCAGGAUCUUUUCAACAGUGAACAAUGUAACAACAUCACCAAUGAGUCCUCUCCAUUUUGGGUGAUGCUUCGUGCUGUCAAAGAAUUUGUUCAAAAUGAAGGCAACGGCAACUUACCUGUUCGAGGCACAAUACCCGAUAUGAUAGCAGACUCACAAAAGUUUAUAAAUCUACAAAAUAUUUACAGGCAAAAGGCUCUCCAGGACGCAGCAGCUGUUUCAAAGCAUGUUGCAUGUUUAAUUCAAUCCGCCGGAAUGGCUCCUGAUAGCAUAUCUGACCAGGACAUCAAACUCUUCUGCAAACAUGCAGCUUUCCUGAGGGUGGUGCGAUGCAGGUCCUUGGCUGAAGAAUACAGUGUUGAUUUAGUAAAUAAAGAUGAGAUAAUAUCAGCCAUGGACAGUCCAGACAGCGAGAUGGUUUUCUAUCUCAUGCUGCGUGCUGUGGACCGCUUUUAUCAGCAGCAUUCACGUUACCCAGGAGUCUUUAACUACCAAGUGGAGGAGGAUAUCAGCAAACUGAAGCUGUGCGUGACCAGCCUUCUACAGGAAUACAACCUCAGUGUCAAUAUCAAAGAUGAUUAUGUCCAUGAGUUCUGCCGCUAUGGGGCCACAGAGCCACACACAGUUUCAGCUUUCAUGGGAGGAGCUGCUGCUCAAGAGGCCAUCAAGCUCAUUACACACCAGUUUGUGCCCUUUAGCAACACCUAUAUUUACAAUGCCAUGUCACAGACUUCUGCCACCCACCAGCUCUGA